CACUUAGGCUCCGCCUCUUUAAUUUCAUCAUGGCGGCCGCCAGGAGAAAUAAGCGCGUGGCAGCUUCUCAGCCAGGGUUUUUGUCCUUUAAAUCGGAUCAAGAUGGAAACAACGCGGAUACCAAACGGAGAAAACGCGUGAAUAAAAACAAGAAAAAGAGCUGGAACAAAUUCAGUGAUAUUCACGAUGUGGAGGAGUUUCUGGAUGAUGUUCGGCUUCAGGAGAGAGCCACAGGGGGAUUGAUAUCGGAAAAAACGGACGAAAGCCUCUUCUUUGUAGACACUGGUGAAAAUGACAAAAGCGCUCAACCAGUAGAGACAACAGUUACAACGUCUAAAAAAUCAAAGCCACUGCGGAUAGAUCUGAUUCUUCAGCCUGACACUCGCAUACCUGCACCAAAAAACAUAUUAGCCUACCAGCAGCCCAAUGCUAAAAAGCAGCGACGCACAGCAGAGAAAGCAGCUAAGUUGGCAGCCAUUGGCAUCGUGUCACGAAGGGAAAAACUUCUUCAACUUCGUAGGGCUGCGGCGGCCGCUGGAGGGCCUGUUAAAGAAAAACCUGUGGCCAAUAACAAUCCAGAAAGAGAUUUUUAUGACCUAUGGAGUGCUGGCCCACCAGAGACCGCUGAUCCCUUCUACCUCGAACAGACUAAAAAGAAGCUUGUCAAGAGACCAAAUAAACUGAAUGAGAAGCCUUCGAUUCUUCCGGCGAUUGAGGUUAUUGCUCCCGGAGGUUCAUACAACCCAGAUUUCUUUUCUCAUCAGGAGCUGCUCCGUGAGGCCCAUGAGGUGGAGGUCAAGAAGGUAAAGGCGGAGGAAAGAUUGCAGCGACAGUUGGCUGUGAAUGAAGAACCUGCAACUGAGGAGAGCACCUUUAAGGAGCAGGUGGAGGGAUUGAUUGAAGAGGAAGAGGAUGAGACGGGACAGGAGCAGUCGGAGGAGGUUACUGAAGAUGCAGCGCUUGGGCCAUCUGCAACUCAAGAAAAGAAAACUGAAAGACAAAGAAAAAGACAGAAAGCAGAAAGGAUCAAGGAGUUACAGAAAAAGGCAGAGCGACAGGCGAUUGACAGACAACAACAGCUGUUCCAGCUCCGAUCUAUCCACGCCAACCUGAAAAAACAGGAACAGAAGACAAAGAUGAAACAAGUUCAACGCAAGGCCCGGCAGGAGGCGCAGAAAAGCUUGCCACGCCGACUCGGCAGACUCAAGUUCCAGGUUCCUGAUCUGGAUGUGCAGUUGAGCGAUGAGCUUGCCAGCUCUCUUCGCAGUCUAAAGCCAGAGGGCAGCAUCCUCAAAGACAGAUUUAAGAGCCUUCAGAAGAGAAACCUGAUUGAGCCCAGAGAGAGGGUCAAGUUUAAUAGGAGGCUCAAGGUGAAGUACACAGAAAAAAGAGCCUUCAAGGCGAUCGAGUGACCGGACAUGGUUGCAAUACUCGUGCAAGCAUCCUACGAUGUAGCUGACUAUGGGUUAAACGAUGGGACGAAAUGAUAUUUUGAUCACAUCAAAAUAAUAAAAAAAUCAGAUUCCAAAACUA